UAUAUUAGUGAACUAGAUAGGGUUCCCUAGAAGUAGCUGUAACACCCUAAGUAGUGUACUAUAUGUCUGAUUUUGUCUCAUUUGGGAUAAGAGACGAUUCACGCUGAUGUUGAAGAGGUGGACAGGGAGAUAAACGAUAUUAACAGAGAAGACUCUUAAGGGAACAUGGGGCGCUCCUCCAAAGACAAGCGUGAUAUUUACUACAGACUGGCUAAAGAGGAGGGCUGGAGAGCUAGGAGUGCCUUCAAGCUGCUGCAGCUGGAUGAAGAGUUUAACCUGUUUAAAGGUGUGAGACGAGCGGUGGAUUUGUGUGCGGCGCCCGGCAGCUGGAGUCAGGUUCUAAGCCGCAAACUCCGUCCCUUUGUACGAUGUCGUAGAGUGAAAGAGUCGAGCGAAGAGGUGAAGAUCGUAGCAGUGGAUCUGCAGGCGAUGGCGCCUCUCCCCGGAGUCACACAGAUUCAGGGCGAUAUUACUAAGAUUUCCACAGCUCAGGAGAUUAUCAGACACUUUGAGGGACAGGCUGCAGACUUGGUGGUGUGUGACGGUGCCCCUGAUGUUACGGGACUGCACGAUGUAGACGAGUACAUUCAAGCGCAGCUCCUUCUCGCCGCUCUGAAUAUCACAAGCCACGUUCUAAAACCUGGAGGAAACUUUGUGGCAAAGAUCUUUAGAGGGAAGGAUGUGACGCUGCUGUAUUCUCAGCUCAAAAUCUUUUUUAGCACGGUGACCUGUGCCAAACCUCGCAGCAGCCGCAACUCCAGCAUUGAGGCGUUUGUGGUGUGUCAGAAUUAUUCGCCCCCUGAAGGUUACGUCCCCAACAUGUCUAACCCACUGCUGGAUCACUCGUAUGAUGUGGAUUUUAACCAGCUUGAGGGACCGAACAGGGUAAUCGUUCCUUUCCUGGCGUGUGGAGACCUCAGCGCGUUCGACUCGGACAGGACCUACCCGCUUCAGCUGGACUCUGAGAAGGAGUAUGAGUAUUUGCCGCCCACACAGCCUCCGAUUCGACCCCCAUAUCAGCAAGCCUGUCAUUUACGCAAAAACAACCUGCUGGCCAAAGAGGACUCGCCUUCUGCCGUGUUAGAUGGUGCUCUUUCCACCAUGAACCUGGGAAGCGAACAGGAAACCGAUCCUUCCACACCUUGAACUCGCUGAACACUGUUCAUUAUCUCAAAGACAUUUUAUUCAAAUUGAAUUUAUGAUCUCUUGCAAGCUAUUUCAUUCAUUUGAUUUUUUUUUUUUUAAGAUGAAUAUUAUUCAGUGCUAUAAAUAUUGACGUGGACAUCGUGGAUUUUAAUGAUAUUAGUGCUUUUAUGUAUUUCAGAAAUAAACACUUCAUCUCUGAAUGUUUCUCUGUAUUUCUACACACAUGGUCUGGAUUGGUGUAUACAGUGCUGUGGAAAAAGUGUUUCUGUUUGUGUAUAUCUCAUACUGAAACUGUUUCAGAAAUUAAAACAAAGGCAAACUGAGUAAACACAAAAUACAGUUUUUAAAUGAUCAAUCAAAUCGACACUUAAAUAGAACUUUUGGUUAAAAGGUCUUACUCAGUAACAUACUAUACCAAGGUUGAAAGAAAUUCCAGAAAUCAAGAGGAAGAAGGUGAUUGAAAUAUAUCAGUUUGGGAAGGGUUAUAAAGCGAUUUCAAAGGCUCGGGGACUCCAAAGAACCGCCGUUAUCUCCGAAUGGAAAAACUCGGCACAGUAGUGAACCUUCCCAGAAGUAGCCGACCUUCCAAAAUUCCUCCGAGAGCACAGCGACGAUUCACAAAAGAGUCAAAGUCAGCAACAAAGGACCUACAGGCCUCUCUUGCAACAAUAAAGGUCACUGUUCAUAACGCCACUAUUAGAAAGACUCGGGGGCAAAAAUGUCAUCCGUGGAAGAGUGGCGAUGCAAAAACCACUGCUAACCCAGAAGAACAUUAAUAUAUCAUUACUAUAUGUAUAUAUAUAUAUAAAAUAUAAAAAAACCCACUGCUGAUAAUGUUAAUAUUGAGGAUGCUUCCUUCUCUGAUCACAAGCCCAUUGUUUUUAAGGUCCCUGCUGCCAACUCUGCCGUUAUGACUAGGCCUUCAGGAUAUUAUUCUUCUUGUAUUAAUUCACUCACUGCCUCUCAGUUUAGUGUAAGUUAUCUAUGUAAUGCUGUUGAAACAUCUAUCUUGAGUGCUGCAGAGUCUUCUUCUGGCCCUGAUGAUUUGAUUGCCUUAUUAUACUCAUUUUGCUCCAAUAUUUUAGACUCCAUUGCCCCUUUUAAACUGAAACAACCAAAUCGUAAAUCUUAUUACUGGCUGGACGAUAAUACUCGUUCUCUCAGACAGGCUUGUCGUAGAGCUGAGCGGAGAUGGAAGCAUGAUCAGUUAACGGUGUCCUUCCAGAUCUUUAAAGAUUGUUUGUUUAAGUUUCAGAGUGCAGCAAAGUCAGCUAGGUCUAGGUAUUUCUCUGACUUAAUUGCUACACACUGUCAUAGACCAAAGAUCUUAUUCACCACGAUAAAUUCAAUUAUUAAUCCGAGUUGCUAAUUCCAUGGGGAACCUUCGGCUGAACUUUGUGAGAAGUUUUAAAAGUUUUUUGCUGAUAAAGUAAUUACCAUUCGUUCUUCCUUCACUUUGCAUUUAUCAGACCUGUCCCUGAAUUCACUGGCUUUACCGGGUUCAUUUGAUCAAUUUGAACACGUUUCUCUAAAGGAACUGUGUGAUCUGGUUAACCAGAUGAAAAUAUCAUCCACGCCACUUGAUGUUGUUCCCGCUGUGCUUAUGAAAGCAACCUUUUCUGAAAUUGGCCUCAGUAUCCAAGUGUUGAUAAAUUCUUCUUUGGAUGCAGGGGUGGUCCCAAAUUGUUUUAAGCAUGCUAUUAUUCAACCUUUGCUUAAGAAACAGGGUUUGGAUGAAGGUUGCCUUAAUAAUUAUCGGCCUGUCUCUAAGCUACCGUUUCUGUCAAAGCUGCUAGAGAAAGUGGUACAAUCUCAAUUGCUCCUGUUUUUAAACUCAGCUAUGUUAUUUGAACCUUUACAAUCUGGUUUCACUGCUUUUCAUAGCACGGAGUCUGCUUUGUUAAAAGUGUCCAAUGACAUUUUACUCACAGUGGAUGCUGGAAAAAUUACUGUGUUGAUGCUAUUAGAUCUUA